AUGGAGCGGCAUGGACUACCCGUAAAAGAUCAGAGAGUUUACUGUGAUGAUAAAAUGGUACUGGUGAUUGUGUUAGAAAGAAUUGUAAUACACCAUUUUCAAUAUAUUAACAUUCGUGCUUGGCUCCGAGGCUUGGGGGAAUAGACCAAAGAAAUGUAUUAUUCAUUACUGAGCCUCAAGAUGUUGUCUUUUGUUUUAUUCCCCCAAGCCUCGCAGCCAAGUAUGAAUUUUAAUUUAUCGGGAUUGCUCUAUUAAAUGCAGCCAAAAGACUUUCUCAUAACCAUAAAAACAUUCUUAAAAUGUAUGGAUUUUUCCACGUCUCGUUAGAUUUGUACAUAUAGUCCAGCAUAUGUGAUAUUGGCUGUCCACAAGAGGUUAUUGUGCAAAAAUCCAUUUAGAAUUGUUGACAUGUCGAUGGAAGCUGCAAACAUAUAAGUUAGCCUGCGUAGUUGGCGUCAAAAUGGAUAGAGGAUUGGGGGAAGGAAAAAAGGAGGGGAAUUGAGGAGAGCGGCUUCCCUUUUGCGCUUUUCUCCCUCGCCCUCUUCUGUUUGCGCCUGCCACACAGGCUAAUAUAAGUCUUCAUGCAUCUUUUAAGAGGUAAGUUCUCCAUGACUUCACCUAUAAUUAUGUUCAGCCUAUAAGCCUGUUACAAACAACUAAAGCCACUUUUAUUUUUUUAGUCUGUUGUGUUAACUUCGUCAGUGACACCUGUACAAGAGAAAAUGAUAGAAAAUUGUUGUCGGGACACUGCAACAGCCUUCACCGAGUAUGGCGGGCACUGUGGAUUGUAGUCUGUUAUUGCAACUUGUGAUAUGUUUUUUUCCACAGUUGUGUGACACAUUUCUCCUGAGACCUCUCCUUAAUAACAUUGAUGACUGUUUGACCUUAACUCUGUCUGUUGGAUCCCUUAAAGGUGGAGGUGAGAACGACAUAUAAUUAAAAAUGUUUCAGGUGGCCAGGAACGACUACUGGUACUCAGCUCUUAUUCAGGGUUAAUCCUUUGUAACUUCGAAAAUUCUGAAUUUUAAAAACGCUCUCCGACUACAAUUUUAAAUGUCACUUUCUUUAAAGCAAUAAGCCUUAACAUUCCAGUAGUGGUCUAUCCAGAGAUGGUCCAACCCAAACUUUCUGCUCGAUUUUCAGAAGUUCUCGUUUUCAGUCCCAGUUCACAGAGAGUAGUUAGAAUAUUGGUUGAAGAAUAACUGAAAUGUCUUAGUCCGGUUGAAAAUUUCAUGUUGAUGUGUGUUUUCCCUUGAUUAGUCUUUGAAGACCAGUUUUUGAUGUGACAUGUUGCGUGACAUGUUAUUACGUCACUGAUUGCCCGUAUGCGCAUGUGGCGUUGUAAGAAAUCUUGUGGUAGUGGAUGAAGUUGUGGUUCGUAGUCCUGUUUCUUGUUUUUUGCUUUCUAUCUAAUUUAAGAGGAUCGCAUAUUGAUACAUCUGACACAAUGGAAAGCACCUAUGAACUUUUGAUGACGUUUGCAUAAACGGCGCGAGGAAGUCAGGGAUUCCAUCGAGGGUCAAGGGUAUACAAAAGAAUAUACAACACUGUAGUCACAAAAUCUGUCCACAUUCUUGGGAUGCUUUUGUUCUUCCAGCUAAUAUGCCUGUUACGUGGCCGCAUAGGCCCUGGUUUGAAGGUCGAUCUGACUGUGCGGUCGGCGGUAAUUACAUGAAUGUAAAUUUUCGCAGCAUUUGGAACAAUGUUUGUUCGAUACUACGACUCGUAAAGACGUCCUUACGUAAUUUUCUGUACCAGGAGGGAGACAUUUCAAUUCGCCUUGCCCGCCAGAAAUCUUCUUAUCAGGAGAAACGAAAGUAGAGCCUUACCGAAGGCUCGUCCCGCUAUCAGGACCUCUAAGCUUAGAUUAAGAUACGAGUGAUUGCAAAGUACAUAAAUCCAUAUAAUUUUAGUUAAUCUAGGUUUUCAAAUUGCUUGCUCCCCGUCUCAUAUUUUCGAGUAAUUAUUUUUAGCACUACAGUGGUAUAUUUUAUGAUUCCAAGCAUUUUACGUCGAUUGUCAUUUGAAAUCUUUCAUCAGCUUUAAAGUAAGCAGAGUAAGCUUUUUCAUGAUUCACUAUUGAGACUCGUCGACCUUGGGCCAUUGAACACGGAUUGAAUAACCAAUUAAAAGCCGAUAAAAGACAUCAUGCUGCCAAUCGUCAUGUUGACCGUUGUUUUGUUUUACUCUUUUCGUUGCGAGCAUAUCUCGAACGAAAUAGUCGAUUUCAAUCUGAGUCUUGUUUACUGUGUUGUUCAAUUCAAUUUCCAAGUUCGUGAUUCCGUGGCGAUUUCCUCUGUUUAACGCCCCCGUCGCAAGUGGAGGUUGGGUGCCCUUGGGCCAGUGGGCUGCAACCGUAAUCACACUCCAAGGUGGAAGAAUACCCACAGGCCUGCCAACCCCCAACCCAGCCACGAGCCCCCUUGCGCCCAGCCCCCCACUAUGGCGCCCGUCACAGUGAGGCCAGAAGCCCAGUGAAAGUAAAAUAAACAAACCCCCGAAACGAAGAAAAAACACCGGGACGGAGGGGGAGACCCUAAACCAAGAAAGCGGAGGGAAGGAGGGGAACCAAGAGAAACGCUACGCUGCUAGAACGCCACGCCACGCCACGCCACGCUAACAAAGCUUCGAAUACAACGCAAAUACAACGUAGGCACAUGGCCUGCGCAUGUGCCAAAGCAACAUACAGCGGGACCGGAAUCUGCCGCUCAUUCUCACGAACAAUGGUAAACGCUACAAACGCAAACAUAGUCACGCAACAGCGCUACAGACGGCCAACACGCCGCCAAAGAACGCCAAAAACACUAAAGACCAUAGCUCGUAGUCGUUAACUACAUUAAAUAUGAUCUAAUAGUGUUGAAACUGGUACAUAAGUAAGAAAGCGCGGUUCUCAGCGUCGAUCAGUCCUGAUCGCAUCUCUAAGGUAAAAGCAAAUGUUCGCCCGCACUCCCUAACCCUUGGUUACUGCUAGUAACAAGUAGAAUUAACGCAAGAUCAGCAGAUUCAUUACAACAUUAUUGGUGUACCUGGUUGGUCAUGUCUCUCUUCUAAAAGUGAUGAUUCAAAGCCCUAUGAUAUAUAAAGUUUUUUUUGCUAUGUUGCUCAUUUUCUUCCAGCUCCUCCAAAGAAGGCCCCAGAUGAAGGUGCCUCUGGAGGGACAGAAAAUUUAUCUCCAUCAGAACAAGAAGGUAAAUGAAACACCUAUAUGCAUAGAACACACAGAAGCUUGUAGCAUCAUGCAAACAAACCUACUAAUAACUCACAUGGAGAAAGCUAUGUAUUCGAAAUAUUUAUUUGCCGUCGAAAAUCAAACGUUAAAAGGUAACAGUUACACUGUACACAUGAAACCCAAUGUGAAAAACAGUGGUCCAUACGGGCGUGGUACAAGGGGCGGGGGCAGUGGUUGUGAAGAAUCUUGCAACCUUGUAAUCCUUGUCCACAGCCUUCUUGAUUGUCGGUGUGCGCCAAGUACCUUGCAGGGCUCUCUCGUGGUCCAUAUGAUUGCACACAUACGAUUUGCCUAACCCAGUAAGACUCGAGAACAAAGUGCCAGCUGCCGAGGGUUAAAUAAAAUAAGUUAUGUCUGUUUCCAGUGAAACCAACAUUAAGGGCUAUAUUCGAGACCAUUGAACUUCCAAACUUGUCAGUGCAAUGAAUGUUUUAGAAUCCAGAACUUAGAUGAGGUAAAGCUGCUCUACUUUUGAGUAAGGUUAUUACGGACAACUAGUGCUAGAUGUACUUACUUGUUAGCAUGCAAACAGGUGAAAUUUUGCCUGUUCUAUAAAUAGAGGUUUCGCGAGCGGAUGUGUCGUAUUGGGCACAACCAGAUCUUCAAAGCCAAACAAUUUGUGACUAACAGAACUCCAAAUCUGACUGGUCGCUCCUCACCACAAGAGAUAGAUAAACCGAUUACAAUCAGUUCUGCAGUUUCUUUCAUUCAAUUUCUAUCUCUUUUAAAGUAUGUAUGGAAUAGUAGGAGCAACGUAGUAAGUUAUUUCAGUAGAAAGUAUUUUAUUGCUCCCUGCAGUAUGCCCAAGGAAAGCAGAGGAUGAAGGGGCCGCUGGCGGCAAGCAAGAUUUGUCUGAGGCGGAACAACAAGGUAAGCCUUGUGAAAAAGAAAAUGAUUGUGGUUUGAAGACACUUAUACAUACUGUGUGACAUGAAAGUUUCGCGGAUUACAAUUCUUUUUGGCGUUUCGCGGCGGGCAAAUUUUCGCGACUUAAAUAGUGGGAGCAAAGUUUCGCGGAUAUAGUUAUGCGUACAUUGGUAAUUUAAUAUCGUGCCCUUUCCUAGAAAAGCUGUUGUCAGCUUUGCAAGAUUCAUCUUUAAGACUACGGGCGCUUCGGUAUGUCACGAUUUUGAAGAACAACUCAAAUUGGAUUGCUUAGUCGAGCUUACCUCCAUGGUCCAUAUUUUACCGCAGCGGUAAGAAAUGCACAAAGGGUCAAUUCAAAUGUUUUAACUCAUCGGUCGUACAGAAUUUGGCUUUCAAUAUACGGGUGAAUGUUUUGAUUCAGUGAACGAAACUCUUCCGACUAAAAUUUUGGCGUCAAACCUUUCUCGGUUAUAUCUUUGCAUUUACAUUUACGUUAAUAUCAUUCUUCAUACAGUUUCAUUUGUAGCCCUGCCCUUAUUGCCACCCAUAUCUUCAGUUCCAACGCCAGAACCCAGUUUCACAUUGAAACUCAUAGUUUUACGGGAUCUUUAUUUUUGCGGGUCGUUGGAAAAUCCGCAAAAAAUUGAGCAAGGCGGAUUCCGCGAAAAUUUCAUGCCACACAGUAAUGACUAUCAUUAUCAAGUAGAUAACUGUUACUGGCUGUUCCAUGAACUCUCUGAUUCAAAAACUCCGAUCUGUCUAGAAUCAGAACAUCAGUGUUAAUACAACCUAAUCCUUAACCUUCCGGAGCCCACCUUAUGAGUCAGACGGAAAAUGUAUUGUAGGUCAAAAUGGGCCACUUGUACGGUGAUGUCUUUUUACUACUAAGACCGGAGUUCACUUCGUUUUCCUUUCAUAGUUUGAAUUUGGUAGUCCCAAUGAGGCUUAAACAACAAAAGCCGAAAUUUACAUAAGAAAGCAAUACCUUGAAGGAUUCUGGUCGUAAUAGUAAAAUGAGUAAAAUGACGUCAUCGUGCAAACGGCCUUCUAAAUGUUCCCUAGCCCUGAUCUAUGACAAAUUACAGCUAGGAAAACAAAGGAAAUUGAAAGUCAAUGGAUGUGAAGAAAUUAUCCGGAAUUUAAAUUUGACCUGUAACAAAUUUAUGAGACCAUAUCACAUCAGAUGUUUGCAGCUUUAGUGCGAUGAAGAAAAGGAGUCCAACAUGAGUGUCAGGGUUGCCUUGCAUUCCUGUUUGACUCCUCUGUAUUUACGCAGGUAUUGUAGUGAUUGAAAUCAAUUGUCUUGUUGGUCCUUUGUUUUGUGUUUAUCAGCUACGCAAAGGAUGGAAACUUGGGAUGUCACGAGAACAGCUAAGUGGCUCUGCCAAAUUGGACUUGAUAAGAAGUAUGCUAUCACUUGCGAGGAGAAGUCCGUAAGUGGAAGAGCUCUGCUGUUGCUGGCCAGUGGAGGCGAUAAUCAAAUCAUGUCAGUCUUGGGUCUUAAAAUGGGUCCCCAAGCGAUUCUGAUGAAAGGCCUUGAACCGCAUUUACUUGCUUUUAAAGCAAACAAGCCCGAGACAAGGCAACGUUCAAAGCCAUUGAAGGAGUGGAAUAUUGAGGAGCUGUGUAGUUGGUUUAGAGACAUAGUCUUGCCGGAAGAAUGCUUAACAUUAGUACAAACGGAGGAAAUUAAUGGUCGGGCCUUGCUGUUGUUAAGAGAAAGUGGAAAGUUGAAGGAGUCUUUGCAAUUAAAAGAGGGAUCAUGGAUUGUUCUUGAACACGAAUUAUCCUUACUUUUUGUGGAAAGAGGUGACAUUAAAACUGAAACAACCACAAGGAUUUUUACAAACAAAAACACGCAGUUGAUGCCGACACUAAAGCUAAAAGAAAUGGCCGAAUUUAAAGAGCCAUUAGCGGCUAAGCAACAUUCCAUUGAGGAGACUCUUGAAAUACCACCUGAGGUUGUUUUAUCCAAGGAGGAGCAAGAGCUUUCGUUAAUACGAGAUUCUCUUAAGCUUGAUAUCAAUAAUACAAAGACCUCUGAGAACACCAAGGAUUGUGUAGUGCGGUCAAUUUUUGUUAAGCGGGGCAAAGGUGUCAACGCCCUCGAAAAAUUGUUCAAGUUUAUUGUGAUCACCAAAGAGGAGAUGGAUAAAGACAAACCUCGAAAACUGUGGUCCAAAAUUAUUGAGAAAACAACAGAGUGGAUAAAAUUGCUACCUGAAAAUGAUUCCAAAUCAUUUGUUAGGGAAAGCGGAUCUGAUACGUUUGUUCAUGUGCCCUCUGGCGAAAAUUUGUCUUUAAGAGAUGGAAAGGUUGUACAAAUACCCCUUGGAAAUAUUUCAGACGAUGAAUACAAGCAAAGUGUUUUCAUCUUAUUGGUCGAUAAACAGCUGCUAGAGGAGAAAAAAACGUAUGUCUUUUUCUAUGACAAAAAAUUAAAGAACUCUUACAGUAUUAGAGUGAAUGCCAAGAGCAAUUACCAUGCGGCUUUUGAUCCAAACAGUCAAGGUCUUGAUCUUAAGUGGAGUAAAUAUUUCAGAUCACUGAUGACUAAUGCUGGCGAAUCACAUAUCGUUGCCUGUCCUCCUCAGGCUGAUCCAACAAAAGUACCUGUUUGCAGUUCACCUCCUAAACAACCUCCAAGACCUUUUAACAAUGAUUUUGAAGGAAAGUAUUAUAUGGAAGGUUGGAUGUUGCCCUGUUGGGAAACCGGUUCUAAAGACCUGGUUACGCCAGCGCAUGAGUUUAAACUUCUUCGAAGAGGUAGUAAAGACUCAGACGAGGGCACCUUUAAAAAGUUCUUGUUCGAGACGUUAAGGUUUGCAUGUGGCUGUCUUAACGAAAGGACAAACGGAACAAUACACUUUGGCGUUGCCGAUGAAGUGGAAGGUCAAACAUGUGGUUACGGACCGAGAGAAAUUGUAGGCACCUGGGUUACUGACAAGCCCCGUUACAAUGAAAAGCUUACAGAGUUUAUCGAUAAGUGUUUUGUUGGUGAUAGUCGAAGCAAUGUUCAUAAUUGUAUUCGACCCCCUGUUUUUAUUCCAGUGAAAGGCAGGAAUGGAGAGCUGUAUUCUGACUUUAACGUGGUCAUUGAGGUCGACAUUGAACCUAGCUAUUCCAUCUGUGCUGGUGAGAUUUUCAAAGUAGGGUUUAAAAACCUUGGCCGUGGAAGAGAAGAGGAUUUAGCCUACAUUAGGCAUGGCUCACAGACACAGGCAAUUGUUGACAUGAAACAAAUGGAGGAUUACAUAAGAAACAGGCUUCCUAAAUUGGAUGAAGAAAGAAAAAUGCGUGAACAGCAUGCAGUUAUUGAUGUGGGCAAGCAAGUUUCCCAAAAGCGUCUUUACGACAAACUCAAGCGACUUCUCUGUGCAAACAGCGAUGUUUUGGACUCCUCUGUCUACCCUAUUCUGGUUUUAAGCAAACCGGAUGCGAAUAUGGAUCAAGAAUUUCUCGACAAAACUUUCCAUUUUAUACGAAACAUCGACUGGUUGAUAAUCAUUGACUUUGAUGACCAGGGUUCAGAUACCAGUGGUCUGUGUAAGGUAUUGAAGUCUGGUACGGAGAGGAAGUUUGAUAUACACGAGGCGCAAGAUUACAUGGAUGAUACCCUUAUUGAAAACAUAACGUCUAGUACUAACUGGAUCUUUGCAAAUGGAUAUGCAAAGCUUGACAAGAAGCCAUUUGGAUUUGUAGAAUGGAAUAACUCAGAGCGGAAAAAAGGCUUAAGCCAUUUAAUGCAGUCACUAGCCAAGAUGGUCCCUGGUGUAAGGGCAGUGGUCUUGUUUUUGGUAUUUUCUAAUUUUAAAGAGUAUGAGCCAAUGGCUGAUACUUUUAAAGAUUUUUGCACGUUCUUUGGCGGUCCUAAUCAGUUGACUUAUGUUGGAGAAAAUGCUGAGGAUGUCACAGACUGGGAAGCAAAGCUUUUACAAACCUGUUUAAUGGAACAUGACAUUCGAGAGAGAAGUGUUGUUGGUAUAUCUUGGAGUGAAUUUCAAGAGUGCGUGCAGCAGAUGGUUAAGGGAAUUGAUCGAAAUUUACGUUAUGUAACCAUGGCGUCUGGGAGUCUUUGUCCCUUGAAAAAUAUUUCGUUUAAUAAUAUCAGUAUUGUUAGUGCGAAGGAAUGUGAAGAAUUGCGUAAUUUAAGCUACGAGGAGCGCACAGACGUUUCAUCAAAGGUAGAGAAAGAGUUUUACUCGGGAUAUCCUGUAACGUGGAGAAAUUUCUGGUUCACGGAUGACCAAAAGAAUCAUGUUCUUCGACGUGAUAAUUACUCUGAUCUCAAACGGUUAAUAGAAAAUCUGCAUUCCAAAGGCUCCGAGGGAAAAGUCCAAACGAUCACCGUUUAUCACCAUAUAGGAGCCGGGGCUAGCACUAUGACUCGACAAGCCCUGUGGGAUUUUCGGUUCGAGCCACAUUUCCCCUGUCGUUGUGCAGUAGUUACAAAGAUCGAUGACAGUACUUGUCAAGAGAUUUUGGUUCUUAGGAGAAUUGGUUAUAGGCACGAACGUCAUGCGUUACCUCCAGUAUUGGCAUUGGUGGAGGACACAGAUGAUCACCAGUUUCGUGAAUUACGAGCUCAAGUCGUGGAACAUGCUCUGAAACUUCCCAAAACAAAAUGGCCUGUCUGUGUCUUUCUGUAUUGCAAGGAAACGCAGAAUCCUCGGCAUUGCUAUUUAAAGGAAAUGGAAACAAGUGUUUACCUAGAACAGCGCCUUAGCCCAAAGGAAAUAGACUGGUUUAAAAACAAGUAUACAGAGAUGAAAGGAAAGUUCCACCACAAGGAUCCUCAACGCGAUUUUGAUACAUACGCGAGUGAGAACUUGAUUUCGUUUAUGAUAAUGAAGGAGAACUUUAAUCCAAACUACGUAUCGAGUCUUGUUGAGAGACAUUUAAGAGAGGUGAGAGAAGACGAAUUAACCUUGCUUGGAUAUACUUCUCUUCUGAACUUGUACAACCCCUACCCUGUGUUCGCUUCCUGCUUUGACACUACCAUGUUGUCCGCAAGCCUACUAAGGAAAAGGAUCUUUAGGGAUUGGGUGAAAGACCUCACUCCCUCAGCUCGUAUUUUCUUACGAGAAGUGGACGUCAGCCCACAUCUUGGAACAGGAAAAGCAAUUGAAGUGGUGCACCCAGUUCUUGCGAGCGUGUUACUAGACAAGGUAGCGGAGAAAAGAAAUGCAACUGUAAGUCAAGUCGCGUUGCAAUUUUUGGAAUUUUUACAUACACAGGGAAAGUCGUUAACUUUAGAUUGGUUGCGUGAUGGUGCGAAGAGUAUGUUAAAACAUCGAAAGAAAUAUGAAUACGGUGAUGACAUACAAACGAAGUUCUCUCCACUGAUUGAGAAGAUUGUGUAUGUAGAAGUCACAGAAGAUGGAAAACCAAAAGCCACGGAAAAAAGUAUUGAACAAGCUGCUGAAGUGUUAAAAGAGGGACUAGACAAGCUUCAUGAUCCAAUGCUUGCCCAACAUUUGGCCAGAAUGUUUUACGUCAACGCGGAAUUCUUCUCGGAAAAUAAAAUUGACUCAUGCUUUUCCAGGGCAGUUGAAUUCUGCGAAAAGGCAAUUUCCAUGAAUCCGCAUAGUUCUUGUCUGUAUGAUACUAUGGGACGUAUUUACGAGAGUAAAAUGAAUUUUCUUUAUGGACCCAUUCGUAAGGAUUAUCGUGUUGUCGAAGUUGAUGAGGUCACCCGUGUUCUCCCACUCGCUUUCCACGCGAUGGAGUGGUUUCAGAAGUCACUGGCUGCAUCGAUGGAUGAUCAAGCAGAAAGCGGUUUCCGUGGUGAACUUUCUGUCAUGUUCUUCCUUUUGGACGUUUUUCGAUGUGCACGAAUUUUUAGGGGCCGAGAGGGUCUUGAAAAAUUGCAAGGGUAUCUCGCAUACUGUCAGGUUAUACCCUCUGAAGUUCAAAAACCAUGGAAUGACUUUCAUGAUGGAAUUAGAAAUCUGAGAAAACGUUACAGUUACUGUAUGGAGGGACUUACAGAAGUUUUCGCCAUGUAUAAGGGGAACAGUUUGGAAGACAGAAUGCUGCCCAGACAAAUUGCUAAAUUUAAAACUCAGUACCUCCGUUACUUUGGAGAAAGUGAUGUAGAAUGGAACCCCGAAAGUCCCGAGGAGCGGUGGGAGUACAGAUGGUACAAAAUUAAUCAACACCUCGCCGGAGGCAUUUUUUCAAGUGCAUUUUCAGUUUAUUGUUCAGAACGGAAACCAGGACAGACUCUCAAGUUACUUAACAAAUUAGCACGUAACAAUUAUCGUGAGUCCGCCCAGGAACGUUAUAAUGAUUUAUUGCUUAUUGUAGUAACAACUAUGGCUCUUCAUUCGCCAUACAAAGAAAGCGGAAGAUGCGAACAAACGCAACUCGUCGAAGAAUAUAACGAAAUGUACGACUUUGUCCAAAAGUUAUAUGCACUGGAGAGGCGUGAUGUAGGACCCAAGAGACUUUAUGCACACUUGUUGAAAGUUAUGUUUCUCUGGCCGAGAAAAGAUCUGCAGCUCAGCUACCAUCGUGUACAGGACUUUUAUGAUUCUUUGAAGGAGCUUAGAGAGAGGUGGGAAAGAAAAUGCAAGGAACGCAACGAUCCGGAUAAGAUACUGAAACAGAAAUUGCACUCACACAUUACUUUCAGAAGCGAAACAAGACAGUACACCACACUGUUCUAUUUGGGUAAAGGUUCUGGUCUAGAUGUGUUUGUUCAUAUAAAUGAGCUUACCGAAAAAGGAUCUCUAGAUUGGGACAACUUGAAAACAAAAGAGAGACUAAAACGUCUUAAGGGAGUAGUAGAGAGCAAAAAUAUCAUAAGAGUUCAGAAUCCUCUCGAUUCGAGCAAAUGGAUUGACGUUUACUAUUCUUCAUUUCGGGAAGGAGGAUUUUCAAAGGAAGAGGUGUCUUUCUUCUUGGGUUUUAGCUGGCCCCAACCCACUGCAUUUGACGUAAAGUAUACUAAUAGAGAUCAUAGAAAACAGUCUGUGGAGCUUGGAUAUCGACUUUUUGAUGAUCAACUCAAGUUUGUGCCUGAAUACGAUGAUUUCGUUUACUUUGAUUAUACCUGGCAGCUAGAAAAACUUCAAAAGAAACUUAAAAGGAUUGGUAAGUUAAGGAAGAUCAAGGAGGAAGGCGGCAAACUGGAAGAAAAUCAGGUAACUUUAUCCUUUCUUCUUUGAAAUGAGGAAAUUUUUAUUUUCCCUCAGCAAUAUUUAUACAGUGAAAUCUGUAUUAAGCGGACACCAUCGGGGAAUGCUUCAGUGUCCGCUUAAUACAGGGUGUCUGCCUAAUACAGGUUUCGAUAUAUAACGUCAUCUGAGGUGUCAAAUGCCAUUCAAAUGAGCAGUGGGAGCGUUAAUAAUGCUCCCAGAGACUAUAACGAUAGACGUUUGCAUUAAUUUCUUUAUCAAAGUGAACCAAUUGAUCAUAGUACCAUAAACAUGGAUUGCAACUCAAAUUUGAAGAAAUCAGAUGAGUAAAACAAGCUCUAUACAAACAAAACGAAGUAGAAAACAAUCAUAUACUGUGAAACUAAUCAAAUAAGUUGGUCAAGUCACGUUUUUUAAUGUAAAUAUCGAAAAAUUUGUGGGUGGCAAUUCGAGGCAAUCUUUCGCAUUUCUAGUGUCUGGCAUGUUGGGUGGUGGAAUUUAAUUACAACACAGGCGGCCCAGACGUAGUAUGUGUCACUGAAUGAAUAUAUUAAUAUCCACAUGGACAAGUUAAUGCGAUGAGUCGUCGAAACUCCCAUGGACUAAAAUAGUCUAAAAGUCAAAAUAUAACAAACCAAAGCUAAGAUACCUUCAACUGAACGUAUCCUUGUCUUUCCUGGCCGGUUUAAGUGGCAUUUUGUUGAGUUUUGAAAUUGUAGGUACUAUCCACUGAAGAAGAAUUAAAGGCUGGCUACAAAACAAACAGACCAUCUCCACGCGCCUUCACACGAAGCGCUAUAAAUUCGAGAAUAAUCGACGAAUCCGCUCCAAAUAACCAUCGGCUAAUCUGCAGGUAACGUGUGCUCCUGCUUCUGGCUCGCUUGCUCCACAAAACCCAUCACAACUGCACAAUAAUUGCUCGCUCAUCAACAACCACUGUUGACCUUUACGCUUCGAUAUGACCGCAAACGACCAGGUUUAAUACGCGACGUGAAUAUUCAAGCUUAGCGACCGCGUUCGCGCAACAAUGCAGCACUUGCUAUGGGAGGGAUGGUACUAUUGCUUCCAGGUCAAUCAAUCGGGAAAAUAAUAUUGAUGCCCUUGUCAUUUUUUAAAAAGAUCCAAUUUGCCCAAGGAGCACCGAACAGAUACGAAUCUUAUAGCGGAGCUAAAAAAAAUGAGCGGCAGUGGAAAAAGUGAAUAAGAACAUGUACCACAUUUUCUCCAUAAAAAGUGAAAACCAGGAAGUUUUCUGGACGUUUCACGUUGCAGUCAUGCAAAUCAACGGCAAGGAAAUGUACAAGAAAGUGUGCUGCAAUUAGACCUAUUGUUGUUUUUCACAGUUCUGGUCAAGGGCAUCCAACUUUUAAUUUUUCACAUUUCACUCACCGGGUUAGGCUAUUUUUCUUAGAGAGUAAAAUGGAAUCCUAAAAUUUUCGGAUUCAAAAAUGUGAUGAAAGAAGGUAUCUGAAAAAUUAUCUCCUUCGUAAUACGUUAAAUUGCAUCUAAAAUUUUCGGGAAAAUAAUUCUGAAUUCCUCGUAAUUUCGAAAAGACUCAAGUUCCUCUAGAAUGGCCGAACACUGAGAUGCAAAUUUUAUAGCGCCACUUAGAAUGCAUUUCUAUAGAGCUAAAAGUACUUUAUGAAUAGCUACAGAAGUGUUUUCAAUUGAAAGUAUUUGAGGAAACAGUCGUUGGGUGGCCCUGUCUCGUUGCCUUCUCCGCUUAGCAUUACACGAUAUAUUUUAUAUUUAGUAUGAGCAAACUAUAAAUCAUUAGCUUCGCUUUUAGCCCUCCUGACUAAAUUUAUGUAAGCGCUGUUUAGAAUACAUUUUUCGAUCAAAAGUACCCUGGACAGCCUUAAAUGUGUUUUCGAUGCAUUUAGGGGGAAAUCAUCGUUGGGUGCCCCUGAGUUUUGAGAAUAAUAAUAAUAAUAAAAAAAGAUAUCGCGCACAUAAAUUUUACCUUACGAUAUCUUCAGCUGUAUCUUCUAUUCAGCUGCAUAGCGGGGGCCAGAUUUUGCCUUUUUCCUGGGCGGAAAAUUCUCGUCCUCCUUCACCAGUUUGGACAACAUAUUAUGGAGUAAGACGUUGUUAAUCUAAGCAAAUAAGUCUGGUAGAGUCAAGAACCUAUGCAAGCGGCUGGACGAACAAUGUGACAGCAGCUGAGACAGCGAACGUUAGAAGAAUUCGAACAUGAAAACCAGGGCUGCCCUGUUGAAAACUUACGGACGGUCCCGCGAUCGCCUUUUGUUUUCUGGUCAAAACUAACGCAGCGAACCUUCGGUCAGUCGAUUGACCUGGAAGCAAUAGUACCAUCCCUCCCAUAGCAAGUGCUGCAUUGUUGCGCGAACGCGGUCGCUAAGCUUGAAUAUUCACGUCGCGUAUUAAACCUGGUCGUUUGCGGUCAUAUCGAAGCGUAAAGGUCAACAGUGGUUGUUGAUGAGCGAGCAAUUAUUGUGCAGUUGUGAUGGGUUUUGUGGAGCAAGCGAGCCAGAAGCAGGAGCACACGUUACCUGCAGAUUAGCCGAUGGUUAUUUGGAGCGGAUUCGUCGAUUAUUCUCGAAUUUAUAGCGCUUCGUGUGAAGGCGCGUGGAGAUGGUCUGUUUGUUUUGUAGCCAGCCUUUAAUUCUUCUUUAGUGGAUAGUACCUACAAUUUCAAAACUCAACAAAAUGCCACUUAAACCGGCCAGGAAAGACAAGGAUACGUUCAGUUGAAGGUAUCUUAGCUUUGUUUUGUUAUAUUUUGACUUUUAGACUAUUUUAGUCCAUGGGAGUUUCGACGACUCAUCGCAUUAAUUUGUCCAUGUGGAUAUUAAUAUAUUCAUUCAGUGACACAUACUACGUCUCGGCCGCCUGUGAUUACAAGUGUCCGUGUAAUACAGGUUGGCAACAAUAGAAAUGACCAUUUCGGGUACUUUUUAGGUGUCCACGUCCGCUUAAUAGAGGUGUCCGCUUAAUAAAGGUGUCAUUUAAAGUAAAUUAGGGAAAUAUAUUUGGGGACUUCGGCUACUGUCCGCUUAAUAGAGGGUGUCCGCUUAAUACGGUGUCCGCUUAAUACAGGUUUCACUGUAGCACUGAUUGUAGUGGGGCGGAACAAAUAAUUUAAAACCAACAUUUUGAGGUUAGGUGUCCCAACUGACCGGAGGCGAACAGUUUGUCUAUUUACAAGCGUGGUCGAGAAUUUUAACUCGGGACUACCGUGAACAAAUCUAGUGAGCAGUCAGGGCGGAUUUGAACUCGGGGCCUCCGAAUUGCGAUCUUGUAAUCAGCUGUCUCUUAAACGUUUUAAGGCUACCUACGUUUUUUGUGGGAACCGUGUCCUCAGCGAUGCCACACCUAAACUGUGUGGCAUCGCUGAGGAAGGUAGACUUAAAACGUUUAAGAGACAGUUGAUUACAAGAUCGGAAGGAUGCAGCGUGACCGAGCGGUUAGAGCGCUGGACUUGCAAUUCGGAGGCCCCUUAAAGUUCACAGAACCUUUUCGUUGAGUUAUUUUAGAGGCUGCUGGCUUGAGGAAUUUUUUUUGUGAUCAAAUUAUGUGGGCAUAUAAUGACGCGGCUAUCGAGUUGGCGGCGGCUGUUUUGAUUACUGGCCUUGGUGGAUAACACCCUCAUGACACCCUCCUUGAUGAUAAACACGACCGUUUGCUCGUACAGUUUGUUCUCAACGGACUUACAGACGUACCAGUACCAGUUAGAUCAUGUAAAUUCCAUGUUUUUGAACUGUUUGUGUACGAGCAUAUUUUUGGAAAAUAGCAAAGUUU